AUGAACACAACAAAUAUUAGUAAUAAUUCUUCAUUUUCAUAUGAUGAAAUUUUUACACAUACACUUGACAUUAUACAAGGUUCAAUUUAUAUACCUAUAUUUUGUGCUGGAAUAGGCAAUAAUAUUUUAACUAUUUUAAUUAUUUCACUUAAUCAAGAUAUGAGAACAGUAACUAAUUGUUAUUUACUUAAUUUAGCUAUAAGUGAUACAUUGCCAUUAAUUGUUAGUUUACCAUUUGAAAUUUCGUUUUUACCAAUUAAAGUUCCUUGGGGACAUCUUGGCUGUCGAAUUCGUGCUCUUCUUGCCGAAACUUCAACAAAUGCAUCGAUAUUAACUAUAAGUGCUUUUACAAUUGAACGUUAUUUAGCUGUAUGUGGUCCUUUUCGUAUAUCAUCUUUAUCGACUAUACAACGUGCAAUUAAAGUUCAAAUAUUUAUUUGGUUUAUUGCUAUACUUUCAUCUACACCUUAUUUUUAUUUUACAAAAAAUAUUGAUUAUCAAUGUUUAUUCGAUCAAAAUUUUCAAUUAUUUGUUACUAUAUGUAUACAUAUAUCAGCAACUUGUUUUUUUCUUUUACCAGUAUUUAUACUUUGUCUUUUAUAUGCUUUAAUGGCACAACGAUUAUAUAAUAUUGGUUUACUUCAUGAAGUACAUCGUUCAAAAAAUGAAAAAUCUAAUUCAAAUUCUUCACCAAUGAAUAUACAACUUAAUGAAAGUAUCGAUCAUCGUUUAGAAAACCGACAAUUUCGAUCGACUCAUUAUUCAUUACCACGUACUUUAAUGUUUACAAGACAAUCGACAUGUCGUAAUGGAAAUAUUUCUUCACCUGGUUUAUUAUUACAUAUACAAGCAAUGAAAAAAUCAGCUUUUAAAAUGCUUUUUGCCGUAGUCAUUGCUUUUAUUAUAUGCUAUGCUCCAUUUCAUGCACAACGUUUAAUAACAAGUCGUUUAAAUGAUUCUCAUUUAUCAUUAACUCAACGACGUGCAAUAACUAUAUUUUAUUUUAUUAGUGGAAUUUUUUAUUAUAUUGGUUCAACUGUAAAUCCAAUAUUUUAUCAUUUAUUUUCUCGUAAAUAUCGUUUAGCAUGUCAUCGUACAAUGAAAAGAAUUAUUCAUUGUAAACAACGGCGUAAUGAUCGUCAUAAUAAUGGAAAUUUUCAGAAACCAAAUAAAAUUUUAUUAUUAAAACAUUAUUCAAGUCCGCCUCGAACAACAAGAAAAAUACCAAAUGCAACACCAAUUAUAUAUCGAUCACCCAAUAUAAUAAAUAAUAGAAAAAUUUUAAUACGUUUAUCAUUACCUCAAUCUAUUCCCGAACGAUUUCCUUAA